AUGCUGGAGAGAACGGCGGCGACCCUGGAAUCGUGCACGACUCUUCAUGCGCUUCCUUCCGCCACCCACUCUUUGAGAAGUUGCCGAAAGUUGCACACCGGCUUUUGGCAACAUGGAGCUGCCCCCAUAGACAUCCACAGCCCUGCGCUGUCUGUGCACUGCAAUGAGCCAGACUCAUCCGCCUCAGAGCCGUCGUCUUCCUCCUCGCCCUCGUCGACAUCUGCGCCGUACGAUGGCCUGGUUGCUUCCACCUUCCUGCUCGACUUUCUAUACCCCAGUGGAGCUGCUGCCCUGUUGCGCAGACUUGCUCACGGCAAUAAUGACCGCCAGCCGUCGAUACAGAGGCUACCUCGUAGGUCUCGGCUGUUCACCUCGUCCGCUGUUGCCGCCACCGCCAAAACUCCAGAAUCGUCACAAUCGGACGCUUCCGAUCCUCCUUCGCGGUACAGCAACCCGGAAAGGCCAGUCGAUACCAACACGAGAAGCACAUUGCGCGCUCGCCUCGGGGAAAGCGAACAAGAUAAUUCUAAGGGAGACGUAGAGCGGCGAAGAGAUGUUGAGGAAGGCGAUGUCGACGACAGCAAUGCACACGGCCUUACGGUUAUUCGCGAGGCCGAUGUCAUAAAUACAACCAAAACCCAUAGCGGCCCCUCGUUUGCCGGCUAUGGAUCGCGGCCUGAUCUGAUGAGGGACUUGAUGGCAGUCGAGCAGACGGAAUACUUUGGCUCAAUAUGGCAGCUUUAUUCCCAGCUUGAACCGCAGUUACAGCCAAUAUUCUGUCCGGAAGUUAUAGUCUACCUAUACCGAUCCGACAACCUUUUAGAUGCUCGCAGAAUCAUUCUCCUCUUCUCUCAGCUCGAGCGCAGCCAAUGGACACCAGCGGUUCUUUCAUCCGUCGUGAACGCCAAUUUACGUCUCGGCAACGAGCGUGAAGCUCUUGAGCUUUACCACACAGGCCUCGAUGAACAAACGAUGGUUGGCGGACUAGAUGAUCUCCUCCAAUACGGCUUCAGGAAGGCGAAGUGGGAUUUUGUGAGACAUGUCUGGGCAUCGUAUCAUGUUGUUUUCAAAACCCACGGAAUCAAAUGCGGAAAAUUGGAACGUCUGGCAGCCGUUCCGAACCUUGGUGGCCUCGCAAUUCAAUUUUCCAAGGAAAUUGACACCUGGUCCACCGAGAACCCAGAGAACACCGAAAAGGUCGACACAAUCAACAUUCUCAAGAAGAAGGUGGCGCGGCGAGCUCUUCAGCAGCCUUGCAAACCGAAUGAGGCUCUUCCAUUGCUGAGGAUCGUCGAUCAAGUGAAAUGGUACACCAUCUACCUGUCUGAGGCCGUCCAAAGAGGCCAAACAGAGUGCCUACCGGAAAUAUACCGCAUCUACCGGGCAUUUCCUGGCACGAAACCCUACUGGGCCAUCCUGCACGGUAUGUUCGAGAUCUUCUAUCCUAAUGACAUAGAGGGUCUUGAACAGGUAUACGAAGACUAUCACACUUCUUACCAGGGGUUGGAUCGAUGGGGUUUCCGGAAGUUUCUCAAGUUCUAUGCUGCGCGUGGCGAUAUCAAGUCUGCCGAGCGUUUGUGGGACCAGUACGUUCAGUCUUACCAACAUCGCAAGGUCCUUCAAGAGCCGGAAACCUUCAACCAUUUACUGAAUGCUUAUGCAAACAAUGGAGAUCCCGAAGGUGCCCGCAGAGUGUUCGAUGAAAUGAGGGACCGCUAUGGAGUCACUCCCAGUAUCUACAGCUGGAACAUCCUGCUCAAGAGCUACGUGCGCUCGAAAUCGUACGACGGCGGCUUGGGUAUUUUUGACGAGCUCUGUGUAGCAACCGCUCCCGAUCAAACUUCCUUUGCGACAAUUAUGUCUCUUACGGGCAGGAGCGGUGACCUAGACAUGACAUCGGGGCUCCUUGAGAAGGCGAUAAAAAAGGAGGUUGUGAUCAAUGUACCCAUCUUGGAAGCCAUGGUACACGCUUACUGCCAGAACAAGAAGUUCUCGCAUGCCUUGGCAACCUGCGUGAAUGCCAAGAAGCAGCUGGUUCCGGGAAACCAAACGCGACUAUGGAACGCAUUGCUGUUUUACCACUCUGAACGUCGAGCUUUCAACGAGUUGUGCCGCGUUCUGAAAAUCAUGGCCGAGAUGGGGAUAGAGUGGACGUCAACCACCCACAAUGUACUGCUCCAAGCACUGGUUCGUUGCAAACAAACUCACCAUGCCUACGAUUUGCUUCGAAAAGCGCUGCGAGACAAGAGCUUUGAGCUCACACCAGAACACUUCUCUACCGUCAUGGACGGUGGCUUGCGUACGCGGGAGUACGGGCUGGUCACUGCCACGGAAAGGAUGAGACUGCGUAAUGCUACAGCGCGAUCUGUGGAUGCUCUGAUUCGACUGGUGGAGGCCAUGAUUAGGCGGCAGAUAUACAGCACACUGCCGACUGAAGAAGACGCCGGCAAAGCCUUGUUGGCUUCAUCGUUGCAACAAAUGAUUGAAACCGUUGAUGGAAACAAUGUCCCGGACAGCGUUCUCAGUGCGUCACUUCGAAGCGCGGACUCACUCCACCGCCUGCGACGCGUGUUACCUAGAGCCAUUACGCUCUUUUCACGGUACCGGGACUUCCGCUUGGUCAAGGAGCUUUUUCGUCUGCAGACAGACUUUGGGUUAGUGCCCGCUCCACAGAGCUCUGACGACCUUCCUUUCAACAUGCUUUGUGCGUUGUUGAAGGAGAAUGUCGAGGAUCACAGCUGGGAGAAGGCCAAGGAAACAUGGAAGCUCAUCUGGCAGCAUGCUCUCCGGCUUGGAUGGCCACAGACUCGAAAAGGCUCUAUGAACGGCAAGGUGAUGCAGCGACACGCAGUUAUGCUCUCUGCCCCAGUCAAUACGAUUGCCAAGAUGUACCUGGACCAAAAAGACCCCGAUGGAUUCAAGAAACUGGUCGACAGCGUGUUGAGUGCUGGCUUCACCUUCGGCAGGCAAACUAUGAACGCGAUCUGCCAGACUCUGGCCAGACUGGGCUACUGGGCAGAGGCCUGCGAGUACUGCGAGAAAUAUCUCAUGCCGGGCUUCAGCGGAUGGCAAAUGAAACGUCUCAGGAACCGCCACAAGAAGAACUUGCCGCUCGAACAACGAAGAAUAGGCAGUGCGCCGCAGUGGCUACGUCCCACUUCAUAUACCAUCGUUGUCCUCGCGGAGGAAUACAUGGAGAUCAAAACUAUGAUGCCAUGGUCCUCUGCCGCCGCAGAAAUGAUCCAUAUCGCCAGGGACAAGUUUCCUCGCGUCGUGGCAGCCAUCGACACAAUCACAUACACAGGCAUCGGCAUUGAGGUGGACGUCUUUGGUGACAAGACGCUGUCGACAGGCCAGGGAAUUUUGGAGCGGGAGAACGCCACCACGGAGAAUGCCCAGGAGGAAAGCCGACGGCCAAGUUCACCUGGAGCUAGUAAGUCAAAGGAUAAUGGCUUCGCCCAGCGGUUCGAAGAUCGUAUAUAG